AUCCCCGAAAUAUCGUAACAAAACUCUCUUGGUCAAAAUGGCAUCCGCCACCGCCUCUCCUCCUCCUUCUCGUGAACCACCCACUUGCAAGGAAACUGCGGCUAUAUGUUCACCUUGUUGCGGCGGCCUUUUCACCUUGUUCGCCGUAAUUUUGAUCUUAUACUCGGUCAACAAAGCUUACUGCCACGCCAAAUUCUCCAUCCAAUCGAUCACUGUCUCACCUGUCUCGGACACUUGGCACGUUGAUUUCCUCGUGAAAAACCCUAGCUCAAGGUACUCUAUCUACUACGAAGGUGAUGAUGCUGCCGUGAGGUUUGGUUCCUCAAACGCUGCCGUUUUAAGUACUUCUCAAAAACGUAGUUCUUCGAGUCACACGGCUUUCUCGUUGGAUUUCGUUGCCGAGUGUAAUACAAGCGACGUCGUUGCCGGAGUGUUGGAAAUCAAACUAAGGGCGAAGCAUAAGUUAUACGGACUUGAACCUGAUGACGCUGGACAUGUUAAUGUACAGUGUCAUAAUCUGACCCUAAACCAUGAAAACAUUGACAAGAUUCAAUUGACGAUUAUUGAGAAUAGCGCUAAUAGUUGUUACUUGGAGCUUUUUGCCGAUACCGUAUCCGUCUCAAACGCAAACGCAAACGCAAGGGUUUCAGCCGCCGAAUGGAGAAUCGGUUUUGUUGCGAGGAGUCCAGUCACCGGCUGUAAAAUCUCUUUGCGUCCAAUCAAAUCGCGUUUACUCCGAGGCGACGAAGUUAUCGCCAAAUCAUCAUCUCCAUCGAUGGAUCCUUUCGGACAAGUUGUCACCGGAGACGAAACAAACGUCGUUUUCGAAACGGUGGUAGCGAUGCCGGAAGUUAUUGGCGACGUGAUUUGGGAUAUUCGGGUUGAGAUUAUUGCUGGAGUGAAGACAGGCAUUGAAUAUGGAAAUGGAUUCUUGUUGGUGUUUUGCGGCGAUAUACCGGUGAACUUCACGGCGGAUCCGGCGGGUAAUAUGAUCGGGUCGUUGCUCGGAAAUAUGAGACGAUGUGACUAUUUAUACCGGGAUAACUUGAAUCCUUAUCUUGAAUCUCUACGAUCA